AUGGACAAGGAAGUGUACAAGAAAAAAGGCAAAAGCGGCAAAGACGAGUACACCGGCGGCGAAAUAUACGAUGGAAACGGACGCGGGCAAAAUGACUACGAAGAUUACGGUCAUCAUAUUGACCGUAAUGGUCAAUAUGAUGACUACGAAGAUUACGAUCAAUAUGAUGACUACGAAGAUUACGGUCAAUAUGAUGACUACGAAGAUUACGGUCAAUAUCAUGAUGACUAUAAUCAUUACGAUGUAUAUAGAAACGAUGACUUUGUCCCAUACAACGCCAAGGCAUCUCGCAAAACCCCCUUCAGCCAUUGCGAUGCUUAG